AUGGCUUCCAUUAAUUCUCUUGAUAGCAUGUACUUCGCUCUGGACCAGCUAAUUGCUGUAGUUUUUGGAGUUUUGCGUCUACAGAAGUUUGAUUUCUUAGAUAACCUUAGAGAAGAAAUCUAUACUGCUAUAAAAGCAACAGUGAAACAGAGUGUUGUGGAGGCUGUGAGUGAAGUGGAAGUAGAUCAAGAGAUUGCAAGUGUUGCAGAUCAGGCACGGGUGCUAUCCAUAGGUGCUUGGCUGUCCCUACUUUCUACAGUCACUUCAAGGUUAAACACAGUCAUAGCAAGAGUGAAGGGCAUCACUGAGGUCAUGGUACAAACUGUUGAAGCUGGAGCAGGAAGAACCCAGCCCGUUACAGAAGGGGUUCAGGCAGCAUCAUUAGUAACCAUGAGCAGUAGUGAUGGAGAUCCAAUGCUAGGAGAGGUGGCAUGUGGAAAAGUGCUAGGUGGCCUACGUGAGAUACUUUGUCAAGCAUGCGAUUAUGCUCAUGAUCGAUGUGCAAAACUACUACAUGCAAGGUCUAGGGAUCAUGGCUUAGAUAAGAUGACUGCAAGUGAAUUCCUAGCAUUGUCACGCAUAAUUGAAGACUUUGGGAGAGAAUCUGUUUGUGGCAGAAAAAGUACAUCAUUCCGAAUGGGUCUACAAGGACAGGCAACUAGAUUUGUAUCAAGAUUUCAUGAAGAACGGGAAGCAAGGCUGAAGCUGAAUCUAAGUAGUGAGCGAUGGAGGGCAGUUCCAGCACCACCAGAUCUUCAGCACCUUUUGGACCAUAUAUCAGCUACAGACACUCUAGUAUCACCCCCUGCUAGUCAGCAAGAGAAGGAAACUAUAGAAGCUUCUUCGACAACACCAUCCUCCACCACCUUAGCCACUACCACAGCCAGCACAACCACAGCCACUCUCAGUAAUGGUGUGGUUGAACAGAACCACAGUGCAAGUGGUAGCACUGGUAGUGGCACUGGUAGUGUUAUCAAUGGCAGUAGUAGUAGCUCGGGUGGUGGUGUGGUUGUCAAUGGAGAAGAGUACAUUGUGGUUGGUGUGUGUGUAGUUGUAGUAAGGCUAAUUGUGGAGUACUCUGAGUGUGCAUCCACAUUGAGGCUGGCAGCGCAUCAACUUCUGACACGUCUGACUGAUUUGUUAAGAAGAUUCAACUCUGACACUUGUAGACUCUUGGUUGAAGCUGGUGCAGUUGCUCUUGGUCAAAACUAUUCGCAACCUGGCCUUGGCAUGGCGAUCUUUGCAACUGUUGCUGACUUUGCUUCCUCGUCUUAA